AUGGAGCAGAACAAAGUGACAGAAUUUAUCCUGCUAGGUCUCACAGGAGAUUCUGCAGGGAGAAAAGCAUUGUUUGUCGUGUUUUUACUCAUCUACAUUGUGACAAUGGUUAGCAACCUGCUCAUUGUGGGGACAGUGAUUGCCAGUCCCUCACUGAACUCCCCAAUGUACUUCUUCCUUGCAUGUUUGUCACUCAUGGAUGCUAUUUAUUCCACUGCCUUCUCGCCAAAGUUGAUUAUGGACUUGAUCUGCAGCAGAAAAACAAUUUCAGUUUCAGCCUGCAUAGGCCAGCUCUUUGUAGAGCACUUAUUUGGUGGUGCUGAGGUUUUCCUUCUGGUUUUCAUGGCCUAUGACCGCUACGUAGCCAUCUGUAAACCACUGCAUUAUAUGACCAUCAGGAAUCGUCGGGUUUGCAUUCUCCUAUUAGUGGCAGCCUUUGCUGGAGGUUUUGCCCAUUCUUUUGUUCAAGUUAUCUUUGUUUACAACCUCCCCUUUUGUGGCCCCAAUGUCAUUGAUCACUUUAUCUGUGACAUGUACCCAUUACUGGGAUUAGCCUGUACUGACACUUAUUUAAUCGGCCUCACUGUGGUUGCCAAUGGUGGAGCAAUUUGUAUGACUGUCUUUAUCCUUCUCCUAGUCUCCUAUGGGAUUAUUCUAAACUCUCUUAAAGCCUACAGUGAGGAAGGGAGGCGUAAAGCCCUGUCCACCUGCAGUUCCCACAUCAUGGUGGUUGUCCUCUUUUUUGUUCCCUGUAUUUUCAUGUAUGUUAGACCUGUCUCCAACUUUCCUAUUGAUAAAUCCCUGACUGUAAUUUAUAAAAUUAACCCCAUGUUAAAUCCUUUAAUAUAUACACUGAGAAAUUCAGAGAUGAAGAGUUGUAUGGAAAAACUUUGGUGUGGAAGACUAACUACGGAAAGAUUAAGAAUGUUUCCUUGCUGA